UCAUUUUGUUUCAGAAAAUUUGGUGAAAAAAUAUAGUGAAUUUAGCUUGUUGUGUGUGUGCACGUUAAAAGGUUAUGCAUGGUGUGGUGUUUUAAAGCAUGGAGAAAUCCGAAGAACAGCGUCGUGCGCUUGUAGCGCGCCGGGGCGCUAAAAAAGCAGCGCUAACGAGGAUUAAAAACAAAAUGGACUCGACCUACGUCAAUGACAUCGAGAUGUUGAAAUUGAUGAUAGAGAGGGCCCAGGAGGCAUUCGAUGGCUAUGAGCAGCUCACACUGGAUGUAGGAGACCAGGAGGAUCCCGAACCCAUCGAAACCACAUACUUCGAGUGUGUCGCCGCGAUGCGAAAUCGCAUCGUAGAGUUGUCUGGACCUGGACCCACCUCUUCAGACGCUAGAUCGGUAGCGCCGGCGACGCCCCACGUAUCUUCUAAAUUAAAAUUACCUAAUAUAGAGAUGCAAACUUUCUCAGAAAGUCGGGCACUUGCCCUAGAGAACAGUGAGGGACGGGGUGAAACAGCAAGCAGUGCUGCGAGUAAGGUAGCUGUAGCUAAGGCAGCUUCAUCAUCGUUUGUCACUACUAAACCAUCCCAGGACUGCCUAUACUGUGUGCCUGUUGUCGCAGCCUGAGGAGCUGCGCGAUCCUGAUGCCGCACCCAGCUUGGUACACACACAGUUUGGUUACAUUGUAGGAGGUGAUGUUCCAUCUUCUAUUCUUAAGCGACCUGCUGUCACUCUUUUCUGUCAAGAAUGUCAAACUGAUAUACGUGAUACGAUGUCCAAUUUUUGGCAUACAGAAAAAGUACCUGAAAUAUAUGCGGAACAUACAUCUGAACAACAGCAGUGCGAAAAAUUGUUCACUGAAACUGUCAAACUAGAAGAUAAUCAAUUCACAGUUUCUUUGCCAUUGAAAAUACCUAUCUAUGAUGUGAACAAUACAUUAGGAGAUUCAUUUGGGCUAGCUCUUAAAAGAUUCUAUAAUCUAGAAAAGAGAUUUCAGAAGGAUCAGAUGUUGUAUGACGGGUAUAAGGAUUUCAUACAUGAAUAUAUUGAUUUAGGUCAUGGAUCAUAUGUUGACAUUUCCUCAUAUGAUCUUAAUAAAGAUCCUGUCUAUUUUAUGGGACAUUCAGCUGUUUUGAGGCCCGAUGCAGUCUCUACAAAGCUUCGUGUGGUUUUUGACGGAUCAAUGCUAACAAGCAAUAAGAUUUCACUGAAUAAUAUUUUAAUGAAUGGCCCAAUUGUUCAACAGGAGUUAUUUGACAUACUGUUGUCUUUCAGGGUACACAAGUAUUUCAUUGCUUGUGACAUUAGGCGUAUGUUCCGCAAUAUAUUAAUUCAAAAAGAGCAGCGUUCUUUGCAAAACAUUCUUUGGCGAGACACUCCAAAUGAGUCAAUAAAGUGUAUUCAAUUAAACACUGUCUCCUAUGGCAUGAAGUCAUCUAGUUAUCUUUCAACAAAAUGCCUGAAUGAGCUGGCCACAAGAUUUGAGAGGCAAUAUCCUCUGGCCAGUUCGGCAAUACUUAACUCGACCUAUGUAGAUGACAUCAUACAUACAGAGAAUAGCUUGGCAAAGAUUGUUGACACACAAAACCAAUUGAUAGAAUUACUUGCUAAAGGUAGUUUUACUUUGCAUAAAUGGGCAGCCAAUGACCCUUCAAUUUUGACAAACAUUCCAGUAGAACAGCAGGUUGUUGGGGAACUGGAACUCAAUAAGGACAUCAAAACUUUGGGUUUAAAGUUAGAUAUUGACUCUGAUUCUUUUAAACUUUCAUGUCCAAUGUCAAAAAAUGUCCCUAAGACAAAAAGGCAAAUUUUAAGCUAUAUAAGCCAGUUUUAUGACCCGUUAGGUCUAGCUGGACCCGUUUUUGUCCAAGCAAAAAUAAUCAUGCAAAAGUUGACUCAGUCUUGUACUGACUGGGACUCUGAGCCCUCACCAAUGCUAUUUAAAGAAUGGCUAGAUUUUUACAAUGAUUUGCAGGCAAUGAAAGAGAUUAAAAUCAAACGAAAUGUUACUGUUGACAAUAUUCAGUCUGCUCAGCUUGUAGCAUUUGGUGAUGCCUCAGUUUCUGCAUAUGGGACUGCUAUUUAUCUAAGAGUCACUGACAAGCAUGGUAAAGUAUCUAUGUCUCUUCUUUGUUCUAAGAGUCGCAUUGCAUCUAAAGACAAGAAAUUGACUGUGCCACGAUUAGAAUUAAAUGCAUCACUUUUAAUGGCAAAAUUAUGCUUGAGAGCAUACAAUACAUUAAGUAAGAAGAUUUCUAUUGAAAGUGUGCAUCUUUUCAGUGAUUCUCAGGUUGUUCUGGCAUGGCAAAAAACGGAUCCAACAAAGUUAAAUGCUUAUGUUGCUAAUAGAGUCAAAUUAAUCAAUGAAUAUACAAAGGGUUUUCAAUGGUUGUAUAUAAAAACUGACCUCAAUCCCUCUGACUGUUUGAGUCGAGGUGUACAACCCAGCGAACUACAAGGUAACCAACUGUGGUGGUGUGGUCCAGCUUGCAUGUCUGAUCCAGAGUAUAAAUUCACCGAUGACUGUAAGAAUGUACCUGACAACUUACCGGAGAUCAAGCAUGCAGAUGGAUCCAAGCCGGUGUGCAUGGCAUCAUAUCAAUCGGUUUCUCUUGCAAAUGAUUUGUUAGAUAAGUUUUCUAACAUUAAUAAGGCAGUAAAUGUGCUUGCUUAUAUACAAAGGUUCUGUAAAAAUGUGAGGUUGGGUUCACAAAAAGUUAAGCUUAAUUUCAUUACAUUUAGCGAGGCCACUCAGGCAUUGCAUUUAAUUAUAAAAAAUGAACAGGAAAAGUUCUUUGAUAAAGAGCUAGCUUCAUUGCGGGCAGGUAGGCAAGUUGCAUCGUAUUUGCUGUCUGUCAAUCCCUUCAUUGAUGCUAAUGGCAUUCUCAGAGUAGGUGGACGUUUGCAACAUUCUUCCUUACCUUAUAGUCAAAAGCAUCAGAUAAUCUUACCUAAAGAGUCUAGGGUGACUCACCUUAUUAUUGAAAAUGAACAUUUGAAGCUGUUACAUGCCAGUCAAAAAGAAGUGCUUAGCAAUUUAAGUCAACGCUAUUAUAUAGUAAAUGGUUUGCGAUUGGUAAAAAAGUUUGUAAAUAGAUGUCUCACAUGUUUUAGACUAAAAGGUGUAACCGCAAAACAGCUGAUGGGUUCAUUGCCCGCUGGUAGGGUCAACAUAGACCGUGCGUUUGCUAAGGUUGGCAUAGACUUUGCGGGACCAAUCCUAAUAAAGCAGUCAAGAGUGAGAAGUGUCAUCACUACAAAAGGUUACAUUGCUGUGUAUGUGUGCUUCGUUACCAAAGCAGUACAUUUAGAGUUGGUGUC